CAUAAUGCACAGGAGUCGCUGUUCUAAUGCAUGUGAAAUAGGCGAAAGUAUCACACAUUUCGAUGCAAUUUUAACGUGUUUUUCAUUAAAUUUGCACGUUUAUUAUGAUUUACAGUUAGAGAAAUGAAUCUUCCGCUUCAAUCGGAACUGGAUUUUUAAAUCGGAAACACCGAUCGACGGAAGAUUUUAAAGUUUUCGGAACAGGAAGAGUGCAAAACUUUCGAUGUUUUGAUUUGACACAAAAUGGCGACACAGAGUGUGAAUGUUAGUUUGGACGAUAUUGACCUGUCAAGGCUUAGGGAUCCUGCAGGCAUUUUUGACUUGAUAGAAGUAGUAGGGAAUGGAACCUAUGGCCAAGUGUACAAGGGUAGCCAUACGAAGACUGGUCAGUUGGCAGCCAUCAAGGUGAUGAAUGUCACUGAAGAAGAAGAAGAAGAAAUCAAGCUAGAAAUAAAUGUCCUGAAAAAGUAUUCUCACCAUCGGAACAUUGCCACAUACUAUGGAGCUUUCAUUAAGAAAAGCCCUGCGGGCAAAGAUGAUCAACUCUGGUUGGUGAUGGAGUACUGUGGGGCAGGAUCCGUGACAGAUCUCGUCAAAGCAACCAAAGGCAAUUGCCUCAAGGAGGAAUGGAUUGCCUAUGUUGCCAGGGAAAUUUUAAGGGGCCUGGCACAUUUACAUGCAAACCGUGUGAUACACAGAGAUAUAAAAGGACAAAAUGUCCUUCUAACAGAUAAUGCUGAAGUCAAAUUAGUUGACUUUGGUGUGAGUGCUCAACUAGACAAAACCAUAGGAAGACGUAAUACGUUUAUAGGAACACCUUACUGGAUGGCACCAGAAGUUAUAGCCUGUGAUGAAAAUCCUGAUGCCACAUAUGACAAUAGAAGUGACCUUUGGUCUCUAGGUAUUACUUCUAUUGAAAUGGCAGAAGGCAAACCCCCACUCUGUGAUAUGCACCCAAUGAGGGCCUUAUUUCUUAUACCCAGGAACCCACCGCCAAGACUCAAGUCUUCUAAAUGGUCAUCCAGAUUUCAUAAUUUUGUGGAAACCUGUUUACUCAAAGACUAUACACAGCGACCGAACACAGAACAGCUAUUAAAACAUCCGUUUAUCCGAGACCAGCCCACUGAAAGACAAGUCCGCAUACAGCUCAAAGAUCAUAUAGACAGGCACAAGAAAAAUAAGAAAAUUGAGGACCAUGACACAGAGUAUGAGUACGAGGGUAGUGAUAACGAAGAGGAAGAAGAUGGAACAAAACCAGGAGAACCAAGUUCAAUAUUACAAAUUGGGCCAGGGGAGUCAACAUUACGGCGCAACUUUCAACAGAUUCAGGAACGAGAAUCAAAGUCACCAUAUGCUGUACCGAACAUUAACCCACAACCAGUACCUAAUAAACAGCAGCCACCACGGCAACCUGAGCGCAACCACGACAGACCACAUGGUCACCAUCAUCAUCAUCAGGGACAACAACAUAGACCGUCAUCAGGGGCUCAUGGUCAAAGACCGGUCUCUAAUCAAUUCCAGCCCCCAACCAAACAUGCAGUUCAAGAACAGCUUUCAAAUAAACCAAUGCAGCCAAGGUUGUUAGAUGAAGAGGCAGAAGGAAGUGGUUCGGAAAAUGAGCGAGAUUCUGAAACGGAAUCCGAAGUGAUUCCAGAUUCCAGGGGUCAACACCAGGGGUCACCUCAUCCAGAAGCACGAAAUUAUCGUCCACCUUCAAAUAAACCAGAGGAUCUUGACUUGCUAGCAGCUCAGCUGAAUGAGCUCGGAGCAGAGAUUCGACCACCUGCACGUACUGUGCUGGUUCCUGAUGACAACAGUGAUGAGGAGGAGGAGGAAGAAGAGGAAGUAGUGAUAAAUCGGGACGGUACCCUGCUGGCUUCGGAACCAGCUCGUCCACUGCCACCAGAAGGAUACAAUAAAGAUACUCUAGAAACUUUGUCUUCCAUGGUUGUACAUGAAGAAGUAGAAACCCCACCAGGGCCUAGCCCAGUUUCCCGCCAUGAACAGGAGAGGAAUAGAGAGAACAGAAACCGUGACCUUCGAGACCGAGACGAUGAUGACGACGGCACGCUUGUUCUACGAAGGAACAAUAAAGGUCAAGAUCAACAAGAGCUUGAUCCAAAACGUCACCGUCACUCAGAUCGAGAGAUUCAAAGAAAUGGCGGGCAACACAAGAAUGUGCAGAAAAUGGCUUCCAACUCAUCCUUCCCAGGUGCUCUGGCAGGUGGAGCAAUGCAGUCACCCCGUCACAGUGCCAGCAGUGGAGUCCUACCAGAUUUGUUACCUCCCCACACCCCGCCUCAAUCAAGAUCUCCCCCUGCCCCGGGACAAAGACCCCAAGACAAGACAACGUCGGAUGAGCUAAGGAAAUUGGCAGCCAACAAUCUCCAGGGCAAAUUAACUCCUGGGAGAGUUGAGUACCGACAAGCGGUCAGCAAGACACCAUCUAUGAGACACCAGAGGUCCUUCUCAGCGUUUGGUUUCGGUGCAAGCAGUGGCUCAACAGUCGGUUCACAAUCAAGUCAGUCAAGGCGUGGUUCUCAAAUUAACGUGAAUGUUACACCGGCACAGACACAAGAGUCGACGUCGGACACGCCAGAAAUUAGAAAAUACAAAAAGAGAUUCAACUCUGAUAUUUUAUGUGCAUCACUUUGGGGUGUGAAUUUGUUGAUAGGAACAGACAGUGGUCUCAUGUUGCUAGACAGAAGUGGGCAGGGAAAAGUGUAUUCUUUGAUCAGUCGACGGCGUUUCCAGCAGAUGGAGGUACUGGAGAACCAGAACAUUCUCGUCACGAUCUCGGGGAAGAAAAAUAAAAUUCGUGUGUAUUAUCUCUCAUGGUUAAAGUCAAAGAUCUUCAAGUCAGAAGGGAAUGACAAGAGAAAUGGUUGGGUGAAUGUGGGAGAAUUGGAAGGAUGUGUUCAUUUUAAAAUUGUAAAAUAUGAGAAGAUAAAAUUUCUUGUGAUAGCCCUGAAGGACAGUAUAGAAAUUUAUGCCUGGGCCCCUAAACCUUACCAUAAAUUCAUGGCUUUUAAGUCAUUUGGUGACCUUGCUCAGAGACCUUUGAUAGUUGACCUUACUGUGGAAGAAGGUCAGAGGUUAAAGGUCCUAUACGGGUCAAAGACUGGUUUCCAUGCUGUAGAUGUUGACACGGCGACACUCUAUGACCUGUACAUUCCGCAGCAUACUCAUGGUCCUAUAUGUCCACAUACUAUUGUUAUACUCCCAAACACCAAUGGGAUGCAACUUCUACUCUGUUACGACAAUGAAGGUGUAUAUGUAGACUCGACAGGGAAAGUUACAAAGAAUGUGGUCUUACAGUGGGGCGAACUGCCCACAUCUGUUGCUUAUAUUGGUACUGGACAGAUCAUGGGCUGGGGAAACAAGGCAAUAGAAAUCCGAGCAGCGGAGACAGGACAUCUAGAUGGGGUAUUUAUGCACAAGAAAGCUCAAAAACUGAAAUUCCUGUGUGAAAGAAAUGACAAGGUUUUCUUCUCGUCAAUGAGAUCAGGGUCCUCAUGUCAGAUUUAUUUCAUGACCUUGAGUAGGCCUGGCUUGGCCAAUUGGUGAACAGGGCACGGAAAUAGUAAACUUUAUUCGAAUUGACCAUAGAAUUGCAUUGUACUGUUGGAAAUUGACCAAUCAGCAGAUAGGAUACAGUGUGCAGCUGGGAAUUGACCAAUGGGAUCAGUAUUAAAGACUUGCCAGUACUGCUUGUUUAUACUUCUAAGAUUCUUUUGUGACACAGUAGUGCUAAUAUUAAUAACCCAAAAGUUUGUGCAAACUUUUUAAUCUUUGGAGAAAUCAUUUAAAUGUUUUUCAGAAGUAUACAGAAAAAGCAUUCAAGUAACAUAGCAAAAAGCCAAGAACUUCUGUACAUUUUUCAGUCUUCUCCAAAUUUCAUUUCAUUGAAGUUCACCGUCAAACAGGGUUUUGUCUUGACCUAUUUAUGCAUUGUGAUUAUGUUUAAAAUAUUAUUAUACUUUGCAAUGCACUGUAUACAUGCAUUUUGUGUCUCAUAAAAUGUCUUUUUUUUUUUUUUUUUGUUCUUUUGCUUAAGUGCUCAAGUAUACUCUGUUAGUGGAGAGAAGUAAAUUCGUUGCCUUGUUCUGGAGCUAGAAUUACUGUUAAUAUAUCAGGGGCAUUUUGAAUCACAGAAUUUUGUAACUGACCAAUGGCGUCCUAGCCAUAAUCAGUUCUGACCAAUCAGACUCUGUGUUCCAUGAAUGUGAUACCAUAUGAGAUUGACGAAUCAGGACAAUUGUUUCAAAACAAUAGAUAUAGUCUGUUCUUGGAAAUGCAUUGAAUUUUGGACCAGUGCAAUAAAUGGAAUAAUGCACUGAAAAAAAAAGCAUAAUCUUUGAAAAUGCUUUAAGUAAUUUUGACAUUACAUACAUUGCCUCUUAAAAUAUGCUAUAUGCAUAAAAGUAUGAAACUUUAUAGGAUGUAGAUAUUGCAUUUUUGAAAUGCAUUUAUAAAUAAAGAUCUGUGGUCCAUGUGAAUAGGAAUCUGUGAGAAUCAACAUUGAUGGCCAGGUAGAGUGCAGGUUUAUUCUUUAGAUGCAGUUUUCAUUUGAUAGUCUAAGACCUAUUCAGAUUUGUUCUUGCAUCUGGACCAAUAAAAAAGUUGCUACUGGCGACAGUGCAUUUUUAGUGUGAAAUUGUACAUUGUUAGAGAAGUUUGUAUGUACUCUCUUGUUGUAAAUAGCAAGUAAACAUGUGCAAUAUAACAGUGUUGAUGUUUAGGAAAUUGUACAUUUGUGUCGUACAGUGGAUAUAUACAUACCGUCAAUACAGAACAUAUAAGGAAAUGCUACAUCAGCAAGUUAUGAGUACACAAAAUAUUUUAUAAGAAAAAUUGAGAAAAUUCGGUCUACGAAUAUUUUCGUGGAUUUUAAGUAUUUUUAAAAUGUAUAAGACACAGUAUUGUAUCUAAACUGAAGCACCUGUAGGCAGUGGCUUAUGCUAUGUAUAAUACUAUAAAGAAAUUUUUAGUGGGAGCUCUCCCCAGGAUCAAUCUUGAAGGGUCUGCCCCAGUGAUUUUUAGUUUCUAGCUACGUCCCAGCUGUGAUAGUUGUUUAGUUAAACUUUAUGCAAUUGGGUUAAAACAAAAGAAAGAAAGCAUAUUUGCUAAAACUGACAUGCUUUGAAAUGAAGUUACCAAAAAUUUAAGAAAUGUAUCAUUGCACUGUUGACAUGGAUGUACAACUUCAUCUGUAGGUAAUUUGUUUACACAUUCAUAUACUACUGUAUGUUUAAAAUUUUUAUGUUUCGUUUUCGUUUUAUUCCCACAGUGGGAUAUCUCAUACAUAUACACAUUAACUCUACACAUUACCCAAGUCAUUGCCAAAUUAGUCUCCCUUUGUCAAUUUUAUACAUUUACAUGUACAAUAGUGUAGAUAAACGUUUUUGAGAUUGCUUUGUUUGGCAGGUUUCUGAUCGUUGAUGUGAAACUUAAUAAUUUUUCAUUUAUAUACAACAAACAAAACAGUUUUAGCAGAACUAUCAUGAUAUAUUCUGCUUUAAGUUGAAUGAAAUGUAAAUAUUACAUAGUCUCUUAUGCAACUUUCCGCAUUUCUUAUCUAGUCAUUAACAUUGAUCAAUUUAGGUCACUUGCUCCUAAAUUAGAAUUUAGUCUUCUAAAUCUUGUUUCUUUAAUAUAGAUUAACACUGUAAUUUUCAACAGCAAUAUCCAAUAACGUUUUGUGAUGUCUUAAAGCCUUGAUUUACAAAUUUAUAUUAAAUACACAAAUCGGUGGCAGAAUUCCUGAAAACUGAGUGUUUUUUUAAAGAUUUUUCUGUGACCAAGUUCAUAUGGUUUUAAUUGUAAAUAUACAAGUAUUGACAAAGUUAUUUAUAUAAAAACUUUCGAUUCCUGUACAUUUUGUAUUUAACAUACACAUGCUGUGUGUUGCUUUUUCUACUUUUAUUUAGUGUUUGUAUAAUCUUUUAGAGGUACAUUAUUUAUUUAAGAAAAAAUCUGUUCUUGCCAUUCAUGUGUUGCACAUUUUAGUUAACAGUACCUGUCACCCCUAAAAUAUCUUUUGUGGAAGAUUCUAUACUCAAAGAAGAAAGAUUUCAUCGCUUAAUUAUAGGGGUGAAAUGCUUAAGGUGUCCGGAUACCUUUUCACUGAAUUUUUCCUUAUGGUAGCAAUAUUAAAAACUCUUCAUAUUAGAACUCAGUAAUAGAGGAAAGUUCAAAAGAUAAUUUUAUCGAUGCAUAGGUGAAUUAAUAGGACUGUUUAUUAGUUCUGUUUCGGUAAAUGAAAAAAAAAAGUAUUGGAAGAUGAGAUUACGACAUGUUAAAAACAUGCUACAAAAGAUGUACUGAAUACCUUAAAAUGUUUUAAAGUUUGAAUUGAAGGAAAAUUAUUUCAGCUUAUGAAAUUUAAAGCGGAGGAUGUUAUAUUUAAAUAUAGAAACAUACUGAUUAGAAACAACAUAUGAAAUCCCACUUUCACAAAAUAAGUUGUUGUGUUUUUUUUUUGCAAGUUACAUUCAUAAAGAUGAUCUAAAAUCAAUAUUUUGAUGUAUCAAAUGUAAUUAGAAUAGUGUCUUAAUUUUGGUCAGAAAGCAGUUGAUAAAAGAUAUUCUUAUACCUUAAGAAUUAACUGCACUGAAAUUUAUUCUAUUAUGUCAUAAAACUUAUUUAUUUUUUCCUAAUAUUUGUACUUUUGGCCUAAAGUUGGUAGUAAUAGCUAAGUUUUCAUCUGGUUUGUUCUUGUACAACACAAUACUAACUAUAUGAAAAUUGGCCUUUGAAAUAUAGCAUGUUGGACAUAAAUAUACAUGUAUAUGUAUGCUACAUUAACAUUACAAUAUCAUUAUUUUAGCUUUCAAACCUUCAGUAUGAAGGUAACAAAUAUUUCACUCUAUUUUCAAUUUUUAAGGGGGGGAAAAUACAACAGCAUUUAAGCUAACAAUUUCAUUCACAAAAUUUAUUUUUUCUGAACACAUUUCUAGUUUGAAGUGCUUGAAUAGUGUUGUGAAAAGUACCGGUAGCUCAGAACAAUGUUUUUUUUUAUGGCAAACUAAGCCUAAACAAUAAUCUUGAUAAUUAUUUUCCAAUAAUCUUAUUCAUGCAGUCAUUUUAAUUCAUAUAUCAAUAGUUUAACAUUUAUUUUUAAUUUUGUUGUAAGUCAAAACAGUUUGAAGAAAUAUUUUUUUGUUCUUUUUUAUGUCUGACAACACUUACGAAAAACAAUAAAACAGUGGAGAUAAGAUCUCAAAAACUACAA